UUGUGUGGCAGGAGAAAGUGCCGUCAGUGGUGAUGAUCACCAACCUGGUGGAGGGGAAGAAGACAAAGUGUGAGCAGUACUGGCCGUCCUCUGGGUCUCAGGAUUUCGGGCCGUUCCACGUAUCCAUCACUCACCAACUCACCCUCGCUGACUACACCAUCAGAACACUCAGUGUUGAGCUCUCAGGGAAGACCAGGAAGGUGAAUCAUUUCCACUACACAGCCUGGCCAGACCACGGAGUACCUGACUAUGCCACCUCCAUACUCAACUUCCAUAAGAUGGUUAUGAAAGACCACAAGGCCCACAGAGGUCCUCUACUAGUGCACUGUAGUGCUGGUGUUGGUAGGACAGGGACAUUCAUAGCCAUAGACCAUGUCCUGGAGCAGAGGGAGACAGAGGGAGUGGUGGACAUCCCUGGAGUCAUCCUCAAACUCAGACAACAGAGAACCAACAUGGUCCAGACUCUGGACCAGCACAUCUUCAUCCAUGAUGCUAUACUGGAGUCAGUCACAUGUGGAGAUACUGAGAUUGAGGCUGGAGACUUGAGGAAGAGACUGGCUCAACUCAAGACCAAAGACGAGUCUGGUCGCUCUGGACUUGACCUACAGUUUGCCAUCCUGGACCAAGUCAGUUCAAACGUAGGAGAGGCAAAGUCAUUUGCUGCACAAAACAACCUCGCCAAGAAUAGAUCUACUGACUUCUUACCAGGUCAUUUCCCAACACACAUCCUAAUGUGCUACCCAAGUGACCUGUGUUCCCUUCCCAAACACACAGUGGACAAUUGGAGAGUUGUUUUGAAAGGAGAAAAUCCAGACUACAUACAUACUAGCAGUGUCCAUGGCUACAAGAAGCACAGAGCGUUCAUCAUCACACAGGGACCGAUGCGCUCCACUGCCAGAGACUUCUGGAAGAUGGUCUACAGCAGGAAGUGUAGUGUGGUCGUCAUGUUAUCAGACCUCAUUGAACUUGAUGAGGAGGUGUGCUACCAGUACUGGCCUGGGAAGAGAGCACAGACAUAUGGGGAGUUCAGAGUAGAGCUGCUCAGUGAGGGGUGGAAGAGUGGAUUCUUAUACAGAAACUUCUCUGUCCAGCAGGCCAAGGUAAGCAAAAUAGAGAAGGGGAGUUAGUUCGUAGCUCUUACACUGUACAACAUACCAUGCACUAUUGAUUUGAACUUGCAGUUUGCCACAGCCCAUCAGGUGUGGCAGUUCCACAUCCCAGAGUGGAGCUCAGACUACCAGUGGCGUGGGGAUGUGAAUGCCAUGGUCUCUGUCAUAGAGGAAGUCUCCAAGUCCAGAGGAAGACUGGGAACCACCCCAUUGUCGUCCAUGGACUUGAUACAGUGAGUAGAUCAGCCAUAUUCUGUGGUGUGGCCACCACCAUUGAGAGGUGUAAGACAGAGGGAGUGGUGGAUGUGUUCCAGGUGGUCAAGGCCAUGAGAGUUCAGAAACCUGGAGCCAUACAAACUUUGGUAUGUGUAUAGCCUUCAUAAUUCUUUGCAUUUACUGAACUGGUGCUUUCAUUCAACAGGAACAGUAUCAGUCAAUUUAUGAAGCUCUUUUGGUGUUCAUUGACUCAUUUGAAACAUACUCAAAUUUUACAACAUAAGUUUUUAUGUUAUCGUCACAUCAGAUUUUCAUGA